AUGCCCGGGCUGCGCCGGGACCGCCUGCUGACCCUCCUGCUGCUGGGCGCGCUGCUCUCCGCCGACCUCUACUUCCACCUUUGGCCCCAAGUGCAGCGCCAGCUGCGGCCUCGGGAGGAGGCGCCCCGCUGCCCGUGCGCCCGCCGCGCCGCGCCCUCGCGUUCCGCCGCCCCCCCGGACCCCGGCAGGGCCGCGCUCAACUUUUCCCAAGCUGGGCCCCGAGCGGAGCCGGGCGGCGGCGGCACGGGCUCCAAGCUGCAGGCCCUUUUUGCCCACCCGCUGUACCGCGCCCCGGAGGAGCCACCUCUCCUGGGGCCCGAAGACUCGCUUCUGGCCAGCCAGGAGGCGCUGCGGUAUUACCGGAGGAAAGUGGCCCGCUGGAACAGACGACACAAGAUCUAUAGAGAACAGAUGAACCUCACCUCUGUGGAGCCCCCACUGCAGCUCCGACCCGAGGCCAGCUGGAUCCAGUUUCACCUGGGCAUCAACCGCCAUGGGCUGUAUCCCCGCGCCAGCCCCCUCGUCAACCAGCUCCUUGAUGACAUGAGGCGCUUCCCCACCAUCAGCGCAGAUUACAGUCAGGACGAGAAAGCACUGCUUGGGGCGUGUGACUGCACUCAGAUUGUGAAACCCAGCGGCGUGCACCUGAAGCUGGUGCUGAGGUUCUCGGACUUCGGGAAGGCCAUGUUCAAGCCCAUGAGACAGCAGCGAGAUGAGGAGACGCCUGAGGACUUCUUCUACUUCAUUGACUUCCAGAGACACAACGCUGAGAUCGCAGCUUUCCACCUGGACAGGAUCCUGGACUUCCGACGGGUCCCACCGACUGUGGGGAAGCUAGUGAACGUCACCAAGGAGAUCCUGGAGGUCACCAAGAACGAAAUCCUGCAGAGUGUUUUCUUUGUCUCUCCAGCGAGCAACGUGUGCUUCUUCGCCAAAUGCCCGUACAUGUGCAAGACGGAGUACGCUGUCUGCGGCAACCCUCACCUGCUGGAGGGCUCGCUCUCGGCCUUCCUGCCGUCCCUCAACCUGGCCCCCAGGCUGGCUGUGCCCAACCCCUGGAUCCGGUCCUACGCGUUGGCAGGAAAAGAGGAGUGGGAGGUCAACCCGCUGUACUGUGACACGGUCAAACAGAUCUACCCCUACAACAACAGCAACCGGCUCCUUAACAUCAUCGACAUGGCCAUCUUCGACUUCCUGAUAGGAAAUAUGGAUCGCCACCAUUAUGAGAUGUUCACCAAAUUUGGAGACGAUGGUUUCCUGAUUCAUCUUGACAACGCCAGAGGGUUUGGACGGCACUCCCACGAUGAGGUCUCCAUCCUCUCCCCCCUCUCCCAGUGCUGCAUGAUAAAAAAGAAAACGCUCUUGCACUUGCAGCUGCUGUCUCAGCCCAAGUACCAGCUCAGCGACGUGAUGCGGGAGUCCCUGCUGGAUGACCAGCUCAGCCCGGUCCUGACAGAGCCCCACCUCCUGGCCCUGGACCGGAGACUCCACAUCAUCCUCCAGACAGUACAGGAGUGCGCUGAGGCCCACGGGGAGGAGAACGUCGUCCUCGGCGGCCCAGAUCCUGGCCAGGCUCAGUGGACAAGCUAG